UGGCUGGACGGGCCCUCAGGGAGCCACAGCCAAGCCCUGCGCUUCCUGGGGGGCGACUCCCGGGAGCUGGCCUUCAACCAGACCGCAGCGGCCGCCACCAUCCAGGUGCCCUUCGAUGGCUGCCAGCUCCGCAAGGGCCAGUCGAGAACAGUCCUGGACAUCACUUCUUUUCAGACUGGUUUCCUACCCCUGGUCGAUGUAGCAGCGACUGACUUUGGCCAAACCAACCAGAAGUUUGGCUUUGAACUUGGCCCCGUCUGCUUCAGCAGCUGAGCGCCUUGGGGUGGGAGGUAGGGGUGGGGAAUGGCAAAGAGGGACCCCAGGGAGCCCCUUCAUGCCCACUCCACACCUCCUACCGCCACCACCACCAAAGACAGGGAGGGCAUUUUUUUUUUGGGUGCUGAGGCUUUCAAGCCGAAAUAUUUAUGUCUUCUGUGACUCUGGAUUUGGGGGUGGGGGCAGGAGGGCUCUUCUUCAAGGUUGAAGAUUCUGGAGGAGGGGUCUGGAUUAUGCCCCCCCCUUUGAGCCCCCAAACCCUGCUUCCCAGUGGUGUUAACUGUUGCCUCUUUCUUCAUUUCCCCCCUCCCAGCUCUCUGUCCCCUGUCCCACCCCAAUUACAAGGAGCUGGGAGCUGGUACAUGCCUCCCCCCUCUCAGAUCCAUGCCUUCCCACCCCCCUAUUUGGUACCCCAAGACCCUUGGUGCUACCCACCCACCCCCAUAGUUAAGCACUGGACAUCCACUCCCAAACUGGGAUCCCUUUGUUUUUAGUUUAUUUUUUAAACAUUUCCUCCUAUUUAGCUGAGUUUUCAUUUCUGGUGUGUGUGUGGGGGGGGGGGGGGGCUUGGGGAAGGGGUCACAGCAGAAGGGGUGCAGCUGGCUGAGUCCCCAGCUCAUUCUGUUGCCUCCAUCUCCCACUCUGAAGAGGCCCUUGCCAGCUCCCCCCCACCCCACCCCCGCCACAACCCACAACCUCUGAGUCACUUUGCCAAGACUGGUGGUCUGGGGGCAAAGAUGGUACUGGGAGAGGGAGCACUGGGUGGGCCUUCAAUGGUGCUGUACUACUUAUAUCUGGGUCUGUGUCCCAAGGGAUCUCCCCAACCCUGCUUGUCUAUGUGAUCUGCUUAGGGAAGGCCAGGGGUGCAGACCAACAUGGUCCCUAUGUGACACUCCUACCCCUACCCCUACCCCAACCCCCCCAAAAAAAAAAAAACUUCCCCAAAGCUCCACUCUGGGCCACUGGGUGUGAUCUGCAUCUCAAGUCAAAAUAAACUGGUCAACUGUG